AUACGAAUGAGUCAUACUGAUCAUCACACAUCAGUAAAUUAAGAGACAAUACUAAGAUGACAUCUUCUAAAGUAUCUUCCAUGCUUCUCUUUCUCCUCCUUCUCGUUCUUGUGUUUCCCCAUAUGGAUAAAGCCCUUGGUGAAAAAAGGCAGCUCUCCACAACCUUAGUUAGUCCUUUUGUCUUUAAAUAAGUCAUAGCUAUUUACUCUAUUAUUUUGAUCUAUUUAGAAAUGUUUUGAACUUUAUUUCUUUAAUUUAGCUUGGUUUUAGCUCACAACUAACUAAAUCUCAUUAAAUUUUAUAAAAAGAAGAUAAACCGUUGUAGUUUUGUUUCCCCUCUUGUUUCGUUCAGACCAAAGUUUAUUGCGAUAGAUGACAAAAUAAAACAAGGAAAAAUUGCCAAAACAGAAUAAAAAACAACAUAGUUGUCCCUAUGGUAUAAAUCCAACCUAAAGUUGUCCCGUAUAAUUUUUUUCAUAAUACCAAAAGAAACCUUUGAUUAAUCUCAUUAAACAUGAUUAAUUGUAUUUUAAAAAAAAUAAUAUGAAUCAGUUUGUUUAAAUGGGAAAGGAAUAAAAAAUAAUAAUAAAACAAUCUAAAGGGAAAAUUGUUUCCCUAAUUCCCCGUAACCCUAAGCUCGAUAUCGAUCUCUCCGCCUCUCUAUUUCACGGCGAUGAGGAAGGCGAUUGCGUCUUCUCCGGUGAAAUCAACGGCGAGUGUAGCUGCCACCGGUGGAACCCCUUUCUCUUCUCGUACCGGUGGAACCCCUUUGUCUUCUCCUACAUACCGAAGGUAAACACCAACGUUCUGCAUCCAAUUUCAGUAAUAACGUUUGUUCCUUUCUCCUUCUUGUUCUGAUACUUUUCUCUGGAUCUCUUUCUAUCUCGAGAAACACAAAGGCGAUUUCGGAGCUUCUUUUGGUGAUUGGCGAAAUCGAGUUUGUCUUUAACCUCCCCGCCUCUCUCUUUCUCCGACAUUGCUAGCACAUAAGAUAUGGAGUUAGAGCUACCUAAGCGAGUGUAUGCAGAGGGUUUAGAACCUCAGGUGAAGAAGAUCAACAACUGCUGCCGCAUGGAACUUAUCAGGGAUCUGAAGAAAACUAUGUCUGCGGAGUACGAUGAUGUCAAGAUAGAUCCUGUUAAACAUAUCAUGGCGAUUGCGGAAAAUAAGCUCAAGUUUUCGGGGAAAUUGGUGGAUAGCUUCUUGUGUAAGCAGCUGAUUACCUCGAAGAUGCAUGAGAAGUGGUUUGUCUUUGCGAGGAAUACUCUCCGGUUUUCGCUUCAGGAGUAUCACGCUGUGACAGGCCUCAAGAUCUCGCUGGAAAGUAGCUGUGACGUAGUUAAAUGGAAAAAUGAUGGCGGAUUUUGGAGUGAACUACUAAGGACAGGUGGUAAGAUCACCUUGCAGUCGAUCAAAAAGGUGCAUCUAAAAGAAGUUCACAGCUGGUCUCGGCGUGAUAGGAUGAGGUUGAUCUACUUGUGUGUGAUAAUGGGUGUGGUGAUGGGGAGAGAUGAGAAGGUGAACAUCCCUCACAUGUACAUCAAGCUGGUGAUGGAUCUUGACAAGCUUCGGAACUUCCAUUGGGGUCUUCACUCCUAUGACUUCUUGCUGAGUUCCAUUGAGAAGGCUAGGAAGAAGUUGGGUAAGAAGAACCGCUACAUUUCGAGGGUUUCUCCUAUGCUUUCCAGAUUUGGAUUAUGCCGGAUUUUGGAGAAAUAUGUGGCAGCAAAGUCCCGGACAGUUUCAGCGGUCCAAGGUGUGGUAAUUGGAAAGGAGUUGCAAAAGUUUCUUAUGAAGACAUCAUUCAACUUGAGGAAUCGUUUACUAAGAAGGGAGACUUGUUCUCGGUAAUUUCAGUGAGUGGCAAUGGUGAUGUGUUGAGGCAUGCUGAUUAUACAAGGAAGGAUGAGAUGGAAGAUGAACGUGUGGACCUUCUUCUUGAUAGGAUUAAAAACAAGUUUGAUUGGAGCAACACAGAAUGACCAGUUAUAGAGGCUGAAGAGACUGAGAUGGAGGAAGCCGAUACAUAGUCAGAAGCUGAUAAGAGUGUGGAUGAUACUGAUAUUGCAGCAGAUGUGGAGACAUCUUCGGUUAAUGUUGCUGGAAGAAGCAAGAGAAAGAUUCAGGAUGAAGGAGCCGAGACAAGAAAGAAAAAGUUGCUGUGUAAGCGAACAACAGAAAAAAAACAGAGUAUUGAUCGUGAAACUAAGAGUUUCAUUGAGGGUUUAGUUCACUCUUCUGUCAAUUCCUUGGGAGAUAUACUCAGAGCGCAAAUGGCGAGUAUGGAGAGCAUGUUCAAAGAGAGGAUGGGCAACAUGGAGAGCGAGGUUUCACAGCUCAGGGAAGCAAUCAGUUUGAGUGCCGAAGGAAGCGUUCCUAAGAGCAAAACCGAUGAAGAUCCGCCUAAGACCAAAACCGUUCAAGCUCCAGCAAAGAAAAAGGUCAAUCAAGCUCAAGCUCCAGCAAAGAAAAAGUUACAUGAUGAGGAAAUAGAUCGAGCCGGAGAAGACUCACCAGAUGCGGCAUUGGUGUAUCUUCGUGAAGAGGAUUGGGAAAAAGUUAGCACUUGGUUAGCUAAAUCCAAAACCAAGUGGCUUCAUAACUUGGAGAUUGACGCCAUGAUGUACGUAUUCCGGGAGAGAACUUCUCUGAAACGAUGGGAACUUCAUCGUGUCGCCUUCAUGUCUGUUGUCUUCAGCAACAUGAUUAAAAAGGAGUAUGAGAGUUUCAAGGCGGGUAUAAGAAAAUACAAGCUUCAUCAUUUGCUACUGCAAUACGGCAAAGGGGUCCUUCCACCACAUGGACGGACACAAGAGAUAUGGAAUGUAGAUGUGGAUUGGCUGUAUGUCCCUGUUCAUGUUAGCGGGAAUCAUUGGAUUUCAUUGUGUAUCAGUGUCGUGACGAGGAGCAUUGAUGUGUUUGACUGCUCGGGCAGAAAAAGGUACAAGGAGGUGGAUGCGUUCGCAAACCUUGUUCCUCGUAUUGUCAAGGCAGUUCAGCCACCGAGAUGCCACAAGGAUUUCAAUGUUGCUGCAUAUACGGUUCACUAUGUCCCCAUGGGUAAGCUGAAUAAAAGUGCAUGUGAUUGUGGUGUCUAUACAAUAAAGUUCAUCGAGUGCCAUUUGCUUGGAUUGAAGUUGUCCGUGGUGAAUGAUGGUAACAUCAAAGAAGCUCGCCACAGAGUUUUGUGGGAUCUAUAGGAAGCAGCUAACGUCCCGGAACUGGUUGACAGGAUGUCAAAUUAUGAACCUCCAGAGUGUCUCUCUUCAACCGUAGAAGAGAUUCUGUGAGAAUCGAUUUUUAAAUGUAAAUAGUUCGGCUUUAAUUCUAACUUUUAGGAGAAAAAUGCUUAAUCUAAUGUGUUUCUUCUAGUGUUUUAUUAGGAACAUGAAUGCUUAAUCUAAUGAAUUGUUUUUGGGUUUAUUA